AUGUCCUCGCAACCAGGCACCCCCGCACUCGAACACAGCCCAACCGCAGCCUCGGGAAGCACCUUGCUAAACCAGACAGUCGCGCUCGACCACCUGGGUCCCAUCGUCGUCAAUUCCGAUGGCACCCUAUCGAGGAUAAAGAACUGGGAGACCUUGACGGAGUCGGAGCGGGCGAACAUGGUGCGGGUGCUGGGGAAACGGAACGCGGCGAGGUUGGCGAAGGUUAAGGCGCAGGAGGAUAGUGUUCAUGCGCACACAACAACAGCCACCGAUAUCCCAUCACCAUCGGUCUCCGCAACCCUCCACCCCACCCACGGCUUCCACCCUACCGUCCACUUCACCGUCUCGCAUCCUUCAGAGUCCGACGCCGCCCUCGUGUUCAUCACCCUCCACCUCCCGGCGUCAUCCUUCGCGGACCGGUUCGAGCUCGCGCGUACGCAGUGGCAUCCCGCCGUCACCGUCACAUGCCUCGGCGACGCGGACCUGGAGGUACCUGUGGACGACCCCGCCGCACGGCCGAAUGAGGUGUUUGUGCGGGUGGAUCUUGCACGGGUGGAAUCGGACCGGGAGCCGUUUGAGAUUGCGGUUCCGGUGCAUAUGCGGUACCAGGUUCCUGAGGAUGCGGGAGUGUAUACACGUGCGCAGGUUGGGGAAUGGGCCGCGUACCUUUUUGAUGGGGUGCGGGAGGGGAAUACGGGGGUGGGGGAAUUGUAUGCACGGCGCGACCAGGCUGUGACGCUGGCGAUGGGGAGGAGGUACGCGGUGGAUAUACCCGUUGGACGGGAACGGGAUCAUGUGCCGGUUGCUGUGGCGACGUAUAUGGUCAUUCUUCUGGGCGUCGUUAUGGUUUUGCGGUCACUGUUUGCUGUUGGUGCGAGGUCGGCAUCGACGAAGAUGAAACGCAAGUGA